AUGUGGCAGAGGAAUCGGAUCAAGGCGCUUCUCACGCUGCUGUCGGCCCUUUCUGCUGACUUCCUCUGUGUUCAGGAGAUGGACGAGUACGAGGCAGUGUAUCGCCAGCCGAUGGCAGCUGCGGGCUGGGAGAGUGUGUAUGUGAAGAGGCCGGGUAAAAAGAGGGACGGAAGCGGCAUCUUUUACCGAUCUAGCAGAUUCCGCCUGCUUCGCUGGCAACCAAUCAACUUCAACGACCUCGUUCCCCCAGACCACCCAGACCAACCAAACCAGCCGGCCCAAGCAGACACUCCCAGUCCCGACUCGUCCGAAGAAACCCGAGACCUAUCCGCCUCCCAUGUGUCGGAGGCGACUGAGAAACCAAGUGCCGGUGCUGACCUGUCUGAAUCGCGUGACCUGCAUGAUCCGCGUGUUCGCUUCAAGCGCGACUGUGUCGCCAUUGUUGCGGCGUUCCAAGAAAGAGCGAGUGAAGAAAAGGAAGGAGAGGAGGCAGAGGAUGGGGAGAGCAUGGCAGGAGGGGAGGUGGUUUGGGAAGGGAUAGGAGGAAGAGGAGGAGAGAGAGGGCAGCAGGGAGAGGGGCGAGUGGUGGUGGUGGCGUCAUCUCACAUAUUCUGGGAUCCAGCAUGUGCAGAUGUGAAGCUGGCUCAAGCACACUACCUGCUGCAGCAAGUGGCACAGUUCCGAUCCUCUAUAGUCCCCUCCGCACACAGUCACACAUCUGCUAGUGUCACAAGUGCGGCAGGCAGCACACCGGUUACCAUCAUCUGCGGCGACUUCAACUCUCUUCCCGGUGACCCUGUGUAUGAGUACCUGACAUCAGGCCAGAGUCACUUCCUCUGCCCCAUUCUGCCCCUCAAAAUUGAAUCUGUACCCAUGGCCAUGCUGUGUGCUCUCUUGUCUCUUUCUUCACUAUGUGCUCCCUGUGUUUCCCACAUCCACCCGUCUCCCCUCCUACUCCCCUCAGCUGCUAGACCAGCGCACGGCAUGGGGCCAGCAGGUGUCGUCAGUGCUUCUAACCAUGCUGUGAGCUCCCCGGUCUCUGUCUUAACUGUCUGCUCACUGCAUUCUCCCCAUCCACCUCCCGCCCUUCACACCCCUCAGCUGUUGGAGCAGCGCACGUCAUGGGGCCAGCAGGUGUCAUCGGUGCCUACCACUACGCUGACUUUUGAGUCGACUCAAAAGUCAGCAGCGCACGUCAUAAGGCCAGCAGGUGUCAUCGGUGCCUACCACUACGCUGACUGCUCACUGGAUUUUGUUCCAAGGUCUCCUCUCACCUUUUCCCCCUUCUCAUUCCCCGAUCAUCCACCUCCCGCCCUUCAGCUGCUGGAGCAGCGCACGUCAUGGGGUCAGCAGGUGUCGUCGGUGCUGCUAGCCAUGCUGUGUGUUCACUGGAUUCUGAUUGAAGGUCUUUCGUCUCCCCUUUUCCGCCUUCCCCAUUCUCCCCAUCAUCCACCUCCCGCCCUUCAGCUGUUGGAGCAGCGCACGUUGUGGGGUCAGCAGGUGUCGUCGCUGUUAGAGCAGCGCACGUCGUGGGGUCAGCAGGUGUCAUCGUUGCUGGAGCAGCGCACGUCGUGGGGCCAGCAGGUGUCGUCAGUGCUGCUAGCCAUGCUCGCAGCAGCCGUGCUGGCCUCCCUCUCAGUGCUGCCCACCGCCUCUCCCGUCUAUGAUUUUGUGUGGACACGUGUCAUGCCCAUGGCCGUGGCUCUGGUGCUGUUAGAAACAGAUGUGACGUCAGCAUUCACACAGUCAGGUCCCGGCCUGCUAGCGUUCCUGCUGGGUGCAGCGGGCACGAUUGCAGGGACACUAGUUGGCUUCUCAUUGGCCGGGCCCUCCCUGGGGGUGGAGGGGUGGAAGGUGGCGGCUUGCUUCUGUGCGACGUACAUCGGUGGUAGUGUUAACUAUGCUGCCACUGCUAAGGCCCUGGGCAUGGACAUCACAGCAGGAGCGGCAGCGGCCAGCACGGGAGCCAGCUUACUCACAGCAGGCAUGGCAGUCGAUAACCUUCUCAUGGCCGCUUACUUCUCGGUGCUUGCUGCCCUCCCAGACUCCUGGCCCAAGCCGUGGGGUGGGGAGAGGUGGGGAGGGGUGAAGAUAGGAGGCAAUUCUGAUGAGUCGGAGAAAAAGCUAGAUACAGGGCUUUCGGCUCCUCUCCUCCACUCCUCCCCGUUUCCUUCCUCUCCUUCUCCUUCCGCCUCUUCUUCCUCUUCCUCAUCCUUGCACACUCCUGCUCCUCUGCCGUCUCCCUCCCCUCCCUCCUCAUCCUCCUCACACCUCACUCACUCUCCACCCCCCGCCCCCUCGGUGGAGUCCCUCACUCUCUCCAUUGCCGCUGCCGCCUCAGCAUGCGCGCUAGCGGACAAAAUUGCCGUCCACCUGCCGCCCGUGAUGGCCUCGGCACAGCUGGCGCUUGCCGCCCUGCUGGCCUCCCUCCUGUCGACUGUAGCAGCCAGGCUGACAGGGCGGGGGGAGAAGAGAAAGGAGGGAGAGGAGGGAGGUUCACUGUUCACAGGAGCAGAAACGCUUGGAAACUCCCUGAUGCUGGUCUUCUUUGCAAAUAUAGGAGCGUCAGCAAGUGUGUCUGAAGCCAUGUCCGCUGGUGGUGGUCUGCUUGCAUUCGUUGCAACUGUGUUAAUGGUUCACAUUGUAGUAGUUCUUCUAGGGGGAAGACUUCUCAACAUCCCACUCGAUAUUCUAAUGGUAGCAUCCAAUGCCAAUGUGGGGGGUCCUGCCACUGCUGCUGCUAUGGCCAGUGCCCGCAAUUGGCCCCAACUGGUGCGUCCUGCGGUGCUACUGGGGACAUUUGGCUACACCAUCGGAACAGCCAUUGCCUUUCUACUUGGAAUCAACGUGCUACAGCCCAUGGCAGCAGCUGCUUUUGCCAAAGUACUGUGA